ACAGUCCUACUUUGUCCUAUAUGGUUGCUAUGAGUCAGAAUUGACUGGACAGCAACAGGUUUGGUUUUGGUAGGUAUUUGGGUUUGAGGCCUCUGUAGGUAUUUGAAUUUGAGACCCCUGUAGUAUUUGAGCUUAAGACCCCUGUGGUAUUUGAAGUUGAGACACCUUCAGAAAGCAAAUAAUGCAUUGUGUGAUUAAUGAAGAAUAGUACUUCACUAAGAUUUAUCCAACUGCUCUGUCCUUUCCUUCUAGAUCUUUGUUAUUGUUGAAUUAUUCUCCUCAUGCCCUCUUCCCUGAGCAUCUUCUGUAGUUCAAGAGGUUUUCCUAGGACAGAACAUGACCAACCUCACAGCAGUAUCUGUCUUCAUCCUCCAGGGCUUCUCAGCCAUCCCUGAGUUACAGCUCCUCAGCACGGCAGCCUUCCUUCUCAUUUACAUUGCUGCAGUGCUGGGGAACAUCUCCAUUGUGGCUGCCGUGACACUGGACGCCAGCCUGCACACGCCCAUGUACUUCUUCCUCAAAAACCUCUCCCUGGUGGACAUCUGCUCCAUAUCCACCACUCUGCCCCGGGCCAUGAUGGCUGCCACGGUGGGCUCAGGGGAGAUUUCACUCCCUGCCUGUGCAUCUCAGCUCUUCGCCUUUGUCUGCUUUGGGUCAGUGGAGUGCUUUCUCAUCACUUCCAUGGCUUAUGACCGCUGUCUGGCCAUCUACAGGCCCCUGUUGUACAGGGCAGCCAUGAGCCCCCAGACCUGUGUCUCCCUGGUGGUGGUGGCUUGCAGCAGUGGGCUCGUUUACUCCGCCUUCCACACAGCCAACACCUUCUCCCUGCCCUUCUGUGGCCCCAAUGUGAUUGACCACUUCUUCUGUGACAUUCCCCCCGUCAUGCACUUGGCCUGUGCCAGCACAGAUGCCCAUGAGGCUACUGGAUUUGCAGUCAGCGGCUGCGUCAUUAUGAGCUGCUUCACCCUCACCAUUCUCUCCUAUAUCUGCAUCUUGGCUACUGUGGUCCAGAUCCGCUCAGCAGCUGGCCGCGGGAAGGCCUUCUCCACCUGCUCUUCUCAUCUGGCCACAGUGCUCCUGUUUUAUGGUACUGGCAGCUCUGCCUACAUGCAGCCCACCACCCACUACUCUCCACUACAAGGGCGCCUGGCUGCAGUCUUCUACUCUGUCCUCACGCCCAGCCUGAACCCGCUCAUCUACAGCCUGAGGAACAAAGACAUGAAGAAGGCCCUGCAGAAGCUCUACCUCCAGGUACCACUGUAGGGCCUAGAAUCUGGAUGUGAGAAACUGUUAAGGGUUGAGUUGUGUCCUCCCAAAAUAUUUGUUGUAAAUCCUAACCCUUUUUCUUGUGGAAAGGAGCCCUGGGGGCGCAAUGGUUAAGCGCUAGGCUGCUAACUGAAAUGUCAGUAGUCCUAACUCACCACC